AUGGAUUUUGAAGGGCAAGUGUAAAAAAAAAGUGUGUGUUUUGUUUUCAAACUAUCGUAAUAAACAUUGUGUAAAUAAUCGAUUGCGUGGAAAAGUUAUAUUAUGAUGACAUGGAGCUGAUCUGAUGCUGGAGCUGGAAGGUGUUUUUGUUUGAUUGAGGAGUACCUUCUCUGGCCCUAAAGCAAGCUAAAAAGCCAGUUUGAAAGAAAGUUAUAUAGGAAUACGGCAUACAAAACAGAGAUGGACCCUGCUCUGGCUGUGGAGCAUGCAGCUCUCUCUCGCCAGAAGACCAUGAAUGAUGCACUGGAUAUCGGAGACUCUCCUGUGCAGCGGUUCUAUGAAGGGAAGACUAUAUUCAUCACUGGAGGAUCUGGCUUCCUUGGGAAACAACUCAUUGAGAAGCUGUUCAGGGCGUGCAAUAUCCACAAAAUGUUUGUUUUGCUCAGACCGAAGAAAGGAAAAGAGAUAGGAGAGAGACUGCAGGAGAUGUUUAAAGACCCGGUUUUUGACAUGGUUAAGGAGCGAAAGCCGUUGUUUGCUGAAAGGAUUGUCCCAAUAGAAGGGGACGUGUCGGAAUUGAAGCUUGGACUUAGCGAGAAAAACUGGAAUAUUAUCACCAAGGAGACUGAAGUUAUUUUCCACAUGGCAGCUACGACACGUUUUGAUGAGCCUGUCAAUGUGGCGACCAUGAUUAAUAUUCGAGGAACCAGGGAAGCGAUACUACUUGGCAAAGAAUGUCAGAAGAUCAAGUCCUUCGUAUAUGUAUCCACGACGUACACAAACGCGACGGACUCCAACCUUCACACGGAGGUGCUGGAGAAGUUCUACCCGAGCCCCGUGGAUCCGGACCUGAUGAUCCUGAUGGCGGAGACCAUGGAACCAGAGAGACUGAACGCCAUAGAGGCGCAGCUUAUUAAAGGCUACAAAAACACGUACACAUUCGCGAAGGCUGUCGCGGAGGACAUUGUCAAGACACUAUCAGGGGACCUGCCUAUUUGCAUCGUCAGACCUGCAGUAGUAAUAUCAUCGUAUAGAGAACCUAUGCCUGGUUGGACAGACAUGAGCUGUACAUACGGAGCCAGUGGGAUGAUCUUAGGUCCAGCGACAGGACUCAUCCACGCCACCUACACAAACAACAGCGCAGCAUACAGUUUAGUACCGGUUGACUACGUGAACAAUGCCGUACUAGUGGCAGGGUACCACACUGGCACUAAAACUGACAAGGAUAUCAAGAUUUAUGCCGUCUCAAGUGCUAGGCAAAUGUUCGUCUGGCGUCCAGUCUAUACAAAACUAAGAGAGCUUGGAAGAGUUCUGCCCAGUCCUUUGGCCGUCUGGUACGUGUACACAGUAAACACUGGAAACAAACACUUGUUUCUAUUACUAACAUGGCUGCUGCACUUCAUCCCUGGGUUAAUAAUGGACGCAGCUUGUUUACUCAUUAGAAAACCGCCUAUGUUCACAAAAAUAUAUAGGAAAGUCUACAAAUCGUCACUGGCACUCUCAUAUUUCACGACGCACACUUGGGUUUUUGAUGACGCGAACGCUGAUAAACUGUACCUAAGUUUGACACCAAAUGACAAACUGAUAUUCAAUUUUGACACAACAAAUAUUGAUCAAAUGGAAUACGUUACUUUAUGGUGCGUUGGUAUUCGCAAGUAUUUGAUCAAAGAUGGUAUUAAGAACACAAAUUACGCGAUCAGAAAGCAGUUCUGGUUGCACAAAUUGCAUUGUUUGGCUACGAUAAUAUAUGUUUAUUUUAUUUUUAAGUUUUUGAGUAUUGUUAGCUAUUUUAUUUUGAGUAUUUUUAGUUGA